GCGGGCCAACCGCGGCGGGUCGCGGCCCACCCGCCCGGUAUAUAGCCCCGCGCCGGCCGCGAGCGCUCACUGCCGCCGCUGUCGCCUCGCCGCCAGCGCUAUAUCCCGAGAUCUCGUUUCGUCAGCAGUGAGAGGCCCCAGCGCUAGCAGCCAUGUGUGACGACGAUGCGGGUGCGCUUGUCGUGGACAACGGGUCCGGCAUGUGCAAAGCGGGGUUCGCCGGCGACGACGCGCCCCGCGCCGUGUUCCCCUCCAUCGUGGGCCGCCCGCGCCAUCAGGGCGUCAUGGUCGGCAUGGGCCAGAAAGACUCCUAUGUAGGAGACGAGGCCCAGAGCAAGAGAGGUAUCCUCACGCUCAAGUACCCCAUCGAACACGGCAUCAUCACCAACUGGGACGAUAUGGAAAAGAUCUGGCAUCACACCUUCUACAACGAGCUUCGUGUCGCGCCGGAGGAGCACCCCAUUCUAUUGACGGAGGCCCCGCUCAAUCCUAAAGCAAACAGAGAGAAGAUGACGCAGAUCAUGUUCGAGACGUUCAACUGCCCGGCCAUGUACGUAGCCAUCCAGGCCGUUCUGUCGCUGUACGCGUCCGGUCGUACUACCGGUAUUGUGCUCGACUCCGGAGAUGGUGUCUCGCAUACGGUACCCAUUUACGAAGGUUACGCUCUACCUCACGCUAUCUUGCGGUUGGAUCUCGCCGGCCGCGAUCUCACCGACUACCUCAUGAAGAUUCUCACCGAGAGAGGCUACUCGUUCACGACCACGGCUGAAAGAGAAAUCGUGCGAGAUAUCAAGGAGAAAUUAUGCUACGUCGCACUGGACUUCGAGCAGGAAAUGCAAACUGCGGCGGCGUCCACGUCUCUGGAGAAGUCGUACGAGUUGCCCGACGGACAGGUCAUCACGAUCGGCAACGAGAGGUUCCGCUGCCCGGAGGCGCUGUUCCAGCCCUCGUUCCUGGGCAUGGAGUCGUGCGGCAUCCACGAGACCGUGUACAACUCGAUCAUGAAGUGCGACGUGGACAUCCGCAAGGAUCUGUAUGCCAACACAGUGUUGUCCGGCGGUACCACCAUGUACCCCGGUAUCGCUGACAGGAUGCAGAAGGAGAUUACUGCGCUGGCCCCCUCCACCAUUAAAAUCAAGAUCAUCGCGCCCCCCGAGAGGAAGUACUCGGUAUGGAUCGGCGGCUCCAUUCUGGCGUCGCUGUCCACGUUCCAACAGAUGUGGAUCUCGAAGCAGGAGUACGACGAGUCGGGCCCCGGCAUCGUCCACCGCAAGUGCUUCUAAGCGCUUCGAGCGCCCCGUUACACGCGCACUCUUUAUUUGCUUUUAUAAAAUUUUAUACUUUCAACAAUGAAAAAUGUAUUUAUUUUAUACGACUUGUUGGAGACUGCACGCUCUUGCGUUAUCUUGUAAGUCAGCUAAUAUAAGUAUCUGUGGUUUAAUUAUAAUUUCGUUACGU